GCGGCUAGAUCCGAUUUGGCUGAGGUUUUAGUUCUCCUUUCCCCACCUCCGGCGUUAAGCAAUAGCUGUAAGAAAUCUGAGGGAGCGAGGGGCGUCGGGACCUCAUUUAUAAAAGCUUAAUUUCUGCGUCGCCCAGCGGAAAAAACCCUCCACAUUGGCUUGGUUUUAGACCUAACAAGAAAGCGAUAGCGAGAGAAGGCGGCGGGAUUUUUGGGGAUGGAUUUAAGCGUGGUGCCAUACGGCGAGACGGGGAGAAGUAAAGGGGGUCUAGGAGGAGAGCUGAGGGCAGCGGCGGAGCUCACCGCCUCCGCUGCCGGAGUCGGUGGUGGGGGGAAGUAUGGGGAGUGCAUGAGGAACCAUGCGGCGGCGAUCGGCGGGCAGGCGUUUGACGGGUGCAUGGAGUUCAUGCCGGGAGGUGAGGAAGGGACGCUGGAGGCGCUGAAAUGCGCGGCCUGCGGCUGCCACCGGAACUUCCACCGCCGGGAUGGCUUCUCCUCCAGUGACCCCCGUCGCCCGCUCCUCCUCAAGGCGCCUCCGCUGCCGGCGUUCCUCCCCCCACCGCCGCACCCGAUGCCGCUGCCCUUCCACGCGAUCCACCCUCCCCCGCCACCGCCGCUGCCGCAGCCCAUGGCAUAUCAGGUAGAUCGGAGCAGAGUCGGGUCGGAGACGCCACCGCGGCGUGAGGAGCCUCUCCAGCCGGCGGAUGGACCGCGGGGAGCCGGCCGGAAGCGUUUCCGAACCAAAUUCACCCAAGAACAGAAGGAGAAGAUGCAAGCAUUCGCGGAGAAGCUCGGGUGGCGGAUCCAGAAGCACGACGACGUCGCACUCGAGGAGUUCUGCGUCGAGGUCGGCGUCAAGCGUCACGUGCUCAAGGUGUGGAUGCACAACAACAAGAACCACCUAUCCUCCUCCGCCACCACCGCCACCUCCGCCGCCGCUCCGAAGCCCGACGCUACCUCCGCCCCUCCCAUCCGCGUCUAGUCCCACUCCGGCACGCCACAGCCAAAUAAAAUCAUCACGAUGUUUAACGAUAAUAACACCUAUUGUUCAUUUUCCCUCCCUCUUUUUUUUUUUUUUUCCUCUUUGUUGUUUUAACAAAAAAGAGGAGGAGAGAUCUGGGGAUUUUAAUUUGUUAGACGUGCAUGCACAGAGACUGCCAACCUCCGGGACGAGACGUGUAUUUGGGGCAAUUCCAUCCGGAUUUCUUACAAUAGCAAUCACCUAAAUCCCUUUUUCUGCUCCUUAUUCUAAUUUAAUCGAGUUGUCCAAUGUCCUAUGAUGAAUCUUUUUAGUUUAUUGUAACUCUGAUUAUAAUGAUAUGAUUAAGGUUGCAAUUAUUCUA